GUCGGAGGGGGCGGGGCGGGCGGCGGAGGGGCGCUGCGCCGCGGCGGGGCUCGGGAGCGGGGCCGGGGGCUCGCUCCCUGCCUCUCUUGCUGUUGGCGGUGGAAUGGCCGCGGGUGCCGGGUGCUGAGGAGCCGGUCAGGUAUUUUUGAGCUGACUUCUUUCAUCGAAUACUGAGAUUGGUAAAAUCAUGGAUCUCUACGCCAGGGCUCAGGGCAACCGAAUGAAACCAAGGAUAUCUGUGAAAAAGAGCUUUGGUGAAGGUGUACUACACUCUAUGAAGUCACUGCUACACAGCAGAAAAGUGUUAUGCAAUGUAUCAGCAGAAGAAUGUCUGAAUCGGGAAGAACAAGAAAAUUUUAUUGAGAUUACAUUUAUAAGCUUUGCUGAAGAGAUGGGUACUGCUCAUUUGCAGGAAUUGGCAGCUGUUUCUGUAGAGCUUCCAGAUGUUCUGAAGUCACUCCAGUUGUGCAAACUAAAAGAAAAUGAGGUUAUAUUUCUAAAAGACGUAAAAAAAACAUUGGCAAAACCUUAUAUCAUCAAGCAUCAGAAUCAGCUUCCUGAAGUGUGCUGUGUGAUGAGACUGUCUCCUUCAUUCCCAAGGUUCAAAGUUGAUUAUAUAUUUACCUUGCUGAGCAAGUAUACCACAGGCAUAAGAUAUGCAGUGGAAAUAAACUCAUCGCAAAACCAGCAAACAGAGACAUCCCAUGGAGAAGAUGAUGACACUAAUCAGUCAGUUUCUUCAAUUGAGGAUGAUUUUGUCACUGCUUUUGAACACUUAGAUGAAGAUGAGCCUUCAAAGACACAAAGUGCUGGUACAUGCAGCUUCUCUCCUCAAAACCAUCGAGAUGCUGCUUCACAGACCAUCCCUGCUCAAUGUUUAGAAGCUGUUGACUCAAAGAUCCUUGUGGGUUCUGCAUGUCGAAAGUCAUCUGCCAGAUCUUCUGCUCUGAUUGAUAUUUUGGGACUUAAGGAACGGUCCUCAGUAAAAAAUUCAGUUACAACCUCGAUUUCUGAUCCUUGGAUACAAAGAAGUUUCUAUAAGCCAUAUAAUCCUGAUCAAGGAGUUAAUUUUUUAUGUAAAACAUUGUUUUCUUCCUCUCCAGCUGAAUCCUCUGAGUCAGAUUGCUCCAGCCCAAGCCCCAUCAUCUUCUUAGAUGAAGAAGGGUAUCAAAAAAGCUUGAAGGCAAAACUCCAACUGCCAAAAAUUCCAGUAGUGAAAGAUGGUAUAGAGGAUUCAGACUCAGAAGUAAGUGAAUUUUUUGAUAGUUUUGACCAGUUUGAUGAGCUGGAACAAGCCUUGGAAAACUCUUGUAAAGUUAUUAGGGAUCCCAUCUUAGGGAAUCCCUCACAGAAAAGGAGGACUGCACAUGAACAAUUGUCUUCUGCAAGCAUUUCAAUGAAUCCUCAGAAAUUCAAGUUUGAUCGUCCCACUCUCCCAGCCAAUGUAAAGAAGCCAACUCCUCGUAAACCAGAAUCACCCUAUAGCAGCGUCUUUGAUGUCCCGGAUUCCCCUCGCCCAGUUAAAACAUCAGGGGAAGAGAAUGGAGGCUUGUUCAGCCCUAUUAGAUCAUCGGCUUUCAGUCCAUUAGGGAGCUGUGGGUCUUCAGAAUGUUUAUGUCGAAUUAAUCUUGGUGGAGAUGAGACAGAUCAAAAUGACGAUGAUGCGGUUUAUAAUAGUUAUUCGGCAUAUGCUGAUAGUGUUUCAUGUGAAAUACUGGGUUCUGUUUUUCAUUCCGAGUCCUCAUCAGAACAAGUAUGUGCAGGACAUGAUUCAAAACACAAAGGGAUUGCUUUGAAAGAGAAAAAAGGUCAAGCUGCUGAUCUCAAAAUCAGAACUAGUAAGGAGUCAGAUAAACAAGCAAAAUCUAAACACAAGUCAUUAAUGAUUAGAGAUAGCAUUCAAAAAUUUGCAACUGAAUUAGUUGAAAAAAGUUUUGGCAGUGCAUUUAAAGAUCUACAAAAAGGUGUUUCUUCGUGCACCAGUGCACUUUGUCAUUUGGCUGCUAGGUUGACUUCUUCAGUCUUUCAAAUGGCUUUUUACGAGAUUGGAAGACGUAGGGCAAUCUCCCUGAAGGAGCGUGCCAUUAAUGGCAUAGCAAACUUUUUGGUGAGCGAAGCUAUAACUGGUGCUUUGAAAGAACUGCGGCAUGUAAAGAAACAAAUAUUUACCAAUACAGUUGCACGGUUUGCAGCAGACCUUGCUGAAGAACUUGUGUUUGAAGGAAUCAUGGAAGUAUGCCAGUUUUCGUAUCCAUCGACACCUACAGCUGCACAGCCUUCAUCAUUUGACUAUGAAGACAAAGUGGUAAGAUCCUAUGCCAAAGAUUUGUCUGAAUCUGUCAUUCAAGAGGCUUUUAUUGAACUAUCUCAGGUUGAUGUGACCUUCACAACACAAGCAGCCAUUAGUGUUUCCAUGGAUAACAUUAAAUAUGUGAGCGCAGAAAGUAUGUUAGAGUCAACACAGACUUCCACAGUUUUGCCUAAUUUUAAUGAUCAGGUAGCACUGAAGCUAAUCCAGGAUUCCAAGAAGGAAUAUACAGUACAACAAGCUCUGUUUUGCACCUCUGGUGUUGUAAGUUCAAUACCUGUGCCCUUAGCUGGAAGAGCUCUUUGUCAAAAUCAGGUUUCCUCUGAUGCUUAUAAAGCAAAAAUAUCCAGUGGACUGAAUUCCGAUGACAGUAUGAAAAUAUGCAAAGACUCCACUCAUCCAUUUUUCACAAGCAGAAAGAGAGAAGAUGAAGUCACUUCUUUCAGAAAUAUUUACCUAACUUCAGAUCGCAGCCAAAGUACUGAAAGUACUCCAUCACUCUUAUAUAACCAAAAUGAUACCAAACAAACAAAUAACAGAACUGGAAUGAACAGUAAUUCAGAAUUAACAAGUGGUUCGAAAGGUAUUAACGCUUUCUCUGGAACUAUGGUAGAUAUGAUAGUAAAUGAAGCUUAUGAAGCCAUAACCUCAUCUAGAGUAACAAAAGCAGUAGAAGAGUAUACAGAUUUUUUUACAGGAAAAAUAGAUAAAAACCCUUAUGUGCAAUGUAUUGGUGAAGAUCUCCCCAAGAAUAUGUUUGCAGAUCACUUGGCCAAGUAUGUAAUUAAACAGUCUGUGGGUGAAAGUAAAACUGUGUUAUGCAACACUAGUGGGAAUUUAGCAUGUAAUGUGAGCUCACAGGCUUAUGCAGAUAUCAGUAGAAAAGAACAGUGUGUGAUAAAGAAGCAAGAGGCUGAGAAAAAAAGUAAUGUUUCUAUAAUCGUGGAACAGCAACAGAUGCCUUUAAAUAAUCCGUGUAAAUUUCUUGUUACUCCAGCAGAUUCUGUCCAGUGUUUUUCAGAAUCUAAAGAUUCGUGGCAGGAACAGAAAGGACACAGGUUUUCUUCAAAAUCACCACCAGCUUGUUCCGCUGUGACUUUUGCUAGGCAUGUUCUAGAGAACUUUACUGAUACAGGAAGCUGCUCAGUAACAUGCUUAAACAAGCCCUUGAAACCCUGUGAUACUCAAAAACCAUCAUCAGGAUCUUUGACUUACAGGCAGGCUGAUUGUUGUCUGCAUGCAAAUAGCAUUUCUUCAGUGAUGCUUGGCAGUGAAGAUGCUUUGCAGGUGGAAGAUAAAUCAAGUCUCAAAGAUGGAAAUACCUGUGUAAUGCCUGAUACACCCCCACCAACUCCUUUAGUACCAUGUCAAGGUAGUUCUGAAAGAAACCUGAGAAAACUGUCUAAGAAACUCAAGGGAGAAUUAGCAAAGGAAUUUGCACCUGCAACACCACCUUCUACACCUUACAAUCCAUCCGUUGCUGGUUUGUCUGAAACUGAACAUGACUCUUUGGAAAAUGAGGAAUUUAUGCUGAAACUCAUGCGGUCACUUUCUGAAGAAGUGGAAAGCAGUGAAGAUGAAGAUCAUUCUGAAAUGCCCGUUGAGAAAGAGGAGUGUUCAGAAAAAACAGUUCAGUAUGCAGAUUGCUUAGCUAGCCAUAUAAUUUCAAUAGCCACUGAAAUGGCUGCAUCCCAUUUAGAUGGUAAAACAAAUGGAAGAGAAGCUGGUAGGCAAGUUCAGUUAGGUAUGCAGAACAAAAGAUGUGGCUAUACUGCAUUUACAAAUCUCCCAGAAGAGACGUUCAAUUCUUUAUGGAAUUACGCAGGUGAUAUGGCAGGAAAAGUUAUCAAUGAGGCCAAGGAAAUAGUGAAAUCAAGGCAUUGUAAACUCUGGAGGUUGAAGCGGGUUAACUGUCAGGUGGAUUGUCUUUAUCUGAGAAAAGGGGAUAAAGACUGUGGAGCAAAAGAACAGCGCAGUCCAGUGCAGGACCAGUGGCUGGGGGAGAGAGAUUCAUCUGUACUUCCUUUACCACAAGGUUCAGGCAUGGCAGGUUUGACUUCCAAGUACCCAAGCUGUGAAAGUGUGACUGAUGAAUAUGCAGAUCAUAUUAUUCGAGUUCUGAAAAGAGAAGGUGGUAAUGCUGAACUGUUAAUGGAUCAGUAUGCCAGCAGGCUUGUUUACAGGUCUAUCAAAUCAGGCUUACAGCAAGCUGCUAGAAAAAACAAGUUGAGAUACAACAGAAAGACAUUUCCUGGGCAAAAUACACAGGUAGAUGGUAAGCUGGAGCUGAUCAAAGCGGUGAAUAAAGAUGCAGUACAUCAAGUGAAAAGCAGCGUUCAUCGCUGUGAAGACCAAACAUGGGAAAGGGGUAUUGGUGCACAGAGAACAGAAUGUACAGAGUUGUUACAGUUUUCAGAAUCCCUUGCUCGCAGUAUCACUUGGGAUGUCAGGAAGAAAUUGAAAAUGUCGGGAACAUGUUUGCCAAAGUCUCUAACAGAUUCCUGUCUGUAUAAAAGGACUGAAUUCGAUGAAGUCACAGGGGAUCUCAUUAAAACAAGAUUUUCUAGGACGUUUCUUCGUUUCUCCCCAGAUCAUAAACUGUAUCACAGUACAGGCAGUUUAAAUGAAAACUGCUACAGUGAAGGCAUAAUUCAAGCUAUAGAACAAUAUGCUAGGAAAGUAGCAGAUGAUACUCUGGAAAUGAGUUUAGAGUCAGCUGUUCUCCGUGUGGCUGAAAAUGGGAAGAAUGGAGAUAGGCUGUCAUAUGCUGAGAAACUGUCUCCUUUUUCUGGAACUGUCUGUAGAUGCUGCAGUAUGAAGGAACAUCGGUACCGUACAGAAAGUACACCUCAUCAUCUGCCCGUGCAAGAGUCCUCCAUUCCAGUGAGACGUUUUCCUCAUUCUGGGUUAGGUGGUGCCUGUCAAAAAUCAGGAGUGUUUCAGCUUGACAUUCCUAAAAUACAUGUUGAUGUUGAGCAGAAGACAGCGUUUGCUGACAAGGGGGCUAGUGCAGCUGUAGAGAAAGCAGGAGAGCUGAGUUACACAAGUCUGACAGCUGACAGCGGUAUUGGACAAGAUGGAGUCAGUUUUGCUGAAAGCCUUACUACUGAAAUAAUGACAUCAGCUAUGACUAAUAUUGGUCAGGCAGUUAACAUAAGCUCUGCUGGAAGAGAAGGAUUUCACUCUGUUGAAUCUAUUGUUAGCCAGCAGAUGAGUCUUAGUAUUGGUGAUGAUAGCACUGGCAGUUGGUCCAAUCUAAGUUUUGAAGAUGAACAUCCUGAUGAGAGCAGCAGUUUUCUUCACCUCAGUGACAGUAAUGGUAACAGCAGUAGCUGGAGCAGUCUUGGUUUAGAAGGGGAUAUGUAUGAGGAGAAUUUAUCCUUUCCAACAUCAGAAAGUGAUGGAACAGAAGAUAAAGAUGAAGACUCCAAGGAUGCUGUAGAAGGUUUGGAGCAAAUACGGAAGGCUUUAGCAAUAGUGAAUAUCGAUCUGGAACCAAAUCUAGUAGACCCCCAGCUCAGAGCAGCACUUCAGUGGCUGGCAGCUUCUGAAACAGAGGUGUCCGAUCUUCACUUUCAUGACACUGCUACACGGGAAUUUGCCUUUCUUUCCAGAAGACUGCGAGAAAGAGAUUGGAAAGUUGGAGAUCUCUUGCAAGCAGUGCUGAAAUAUUGUGAAAUGAUAGAGAAGGCGUCUGAUGGAGAGCAAGCUCCAAAUAAAUCUUUGGUUGGAUGGCUUCUGGAAAACAUCUGAAAAAUCCAAAGAUGUACCAGUCUUCACUUCAUUCCUCUUUUGAAAGGAGACAGGAAGAACAGAGAUGUAAAGUAUAAUUCAGCUAAUAAAUGUUCAAGUAAUUGUCAGCAUUUAAAAGACAUUGAGGUGAAAGUCAAAAUAGCUGUGCUGUGCUUUGUGAUACUGUGCACAUGGUAUGUUUAUUCAGUCCAUAAUCGGUAUUGUCUGCCCAUGCAUAACUUGUAUUUACUGCUGUGUUCAGACCCUUGAAAUAUUUAUGAAAAAAAUCCCUCGUCUGUGAUAGUAGUUCAGAGGAGACAGUCUGAGACAUGAUAUUCAGGAUUCCUGCUGUGCCAGGAUAGCUCUUUUUCCCACUCGUAUGUGUGCUGUAUUCACAGUGGGACUAAGAGCACUGAUGUUCUGGAAUACCUUGCUGCAGACAGUGGAGGAAAUUGCCAACAUUGGCCAGGUGUUAUGUUCCCAAGGACACCAUGGCCAGGAAGAAAAUCAUGACCUGCCCAAGUAGCCUCUCAAUACAGUCUGGCUUCAUAUCAAGUUUAACUUUAUGUGAAGAUGUGAGAGUCUGCUCUGAAACUGUUGAGGCGCAAAUACAUGUUCCCUUUCGUUGACUACUAUAAAGCUCGUAACUUCUGGUAGAAGGGCAGAGUGGGUUGCUGAGCAUAGUUUCAUACAUAACUCUUCAGCAAGGUUCCUGAAGCUUGCCAGUCAAGUUUAAAUUGCUAAAUUUCUUACUGCAGCUUUUUGUAUGCAGAUACUUUCAUGACAUUAAUUCUGUGUCAAAGAAUUUGUAUGCUGGCCUCUCAUGUAGAUGUGUUAAACGUAGCAGAAACUUAUGAGGAUUUUGGCCAUCUUUUUUUGACUAGUCUAAUUCUUUAUUUCUUAGCCUCCAUAUAUGAAUUUUCUUUGCAGUAAUAAAGAGAAUUCUGUUACUCAGUGAGCACUUAGGUGUUUAGCAAAGAAAGCUAAUUAAAACAUAAAGGGGAAAUUUCUUGCAAAUUGAUUUUUUUAUUUUUCUUAACUACCUUCAGUAAAUUCUUUUGAAGGCACUUUUAAUCAAGUCUUUUUAGCAGUCUAAUCGGGUCUCUCCGCAGUGCUGCUGACUUGCCUUUCUCUCUGAAGGGAAAUCUGGACCUUUACAUAUCUUGUGGUUUGAAAAUGCUUUUUGGGUUUUGUUUGGGUUUUUUUUGUACAUCCUUUGAGAGAAGUAGGCACGUGCUGGUAAUUGCAAGGUUGCCACCUCAAAACUCGUAUCACUUGAAAGAAAUUCAUGGAGUCUUACUUAUUUUGGAUGAACAAAAGAAUCUUAGUAGCUUUCUCAUAGAAAAAUAUGAUGUUAAUAUGGUGCACAACCUUGUGAUCUGAAACAAGGAGAGAUAAAGUUUCUAAAUCAACUCAUGAGAUUUAAUGGCGUAUGUGCAAUUCUGAUUUCCUCUGUCUGCCAAAUCUCUAUGAGGUGUCACAAUGGUAAACUCAAGAGCGUUCUCCUUGCAAUGUCUUUGUGUUUCAGGAAAGCAUUCCACUGGUCUUUUUACAGAGACUUGCCUGGGUUUAGUCCUCAUUUGUCAUGUGGAUUUCUGCUUUGCAUCUCACAAAGUUCACCUUUCUCACACUGUUAAGAUUUUUGAUGGUUUUGUAUAUGUACAUACACACGUGCAUACACACGUAUGUAUGUGUAUCUGUAAGUCUAUGAGAUAUCACCAAAAUGAACUUACAAUGUAAAUUUUUACCACUAAUUUAUAAUUCUGUUAUGCUCAUCGUUUAUUACCUCACUUCAUAUAUCAUUUCACAGAUUGAAAGCUUUACAUAUGCCAUGUGACAAAAAGACCAAAAAGCAUUACAAGGUCUUUUAUCUCAUUAUAGGCAAUAUAAUGCCAAGUGUCAGGAAUUGUUUUUCUCUAAAGCCCAAAGCAGGUUGGGGGGAGAAAGUCAUCUUAAUUCUUGUAUUUGGAAGAUGGGGCUAAUAACAAAUAUUUUUGAAGAGCUGUAUAAAAGUUGUCAGGAUCUAACCCCCUCCUUCCUUCCUUGUUUUUUAAGAUUGACUUUCAAUGUUGUUUCAGUCAAAAUUCUAAACCAGGCUCUGGCUGUAACUUCUACCCUUUAACACAGAAAUACUGUACUUGUACAAAUUUACCCAUUCAACACAAAUAUUUACACACAUUUACCCAUAAAAUUGAAAUAUCAAGAAAACAAAAUACUCAAAGCAGUGCCUCAGGAGUAAAUUUUGCUCUGGGUUUUGGACCUUUGCAUUCUCACCAAGUGGAAUUUCAGGAUGUGAGGAUACAGUAGUACUAGUACUGUGUUUCUGUACAUGUCCAAAACCAGAGAAAGAUCCCGAAGGCACUGCAGAUGUACAAAGCUGUACAUUAGAAAAAAAAACCUCAAUAAAACACCACCACGGGAACAGCCAUUUUUAAACUGAUUUAUUCACUGUGUUGGAUUUUAUAAAUUUGGUGACGCGAUUUUUCUUUUUAAUUCUCUGGAGAAAGGCAGCAGAAUGUGUGAUCCCCCGAACUUAGAACUAUUCAAAAAGUUAAGUAGACAAUAAUUGCAUUAAAAAUUAUUUUUGUAAAUGGAAUCUUGUAUUCCGAGUGGAUCAUAUAUAUUACAUCAAUUGGUGUUAUAUUAAGGAAGAAAUUGAUUUAUUAGCCUCUGAGGAAAGUAGCAUAGUUUCCAAAUUUACAUGGGAAAAAUAUGUUAGAAAAUACUUUUAUUUUUACUUAAACCAAUUUUCUAUAAAAUGGUAUAAAAUUUGUUCUGGGUGACUUGACUUUUCUCCUUGGGUCAAAAUUGGGAGAGUGUUAAACUAGCCUGGCAAAACUACUAUGAUAAUUUUAAUAAUUUUGCGGAAACCUUACUCUGGCUAUGUGUAACUGCUGCUGUCUGCCAUAUUAGUGUGGAAGCUGUUAUUUUGCUAACGCGAGUCUUAAGUUAUGCUAUCACUAAGUUUAUGUACAACUCCUGACCACAAAUACAGAAGUGUAAAUGAAAAGUGUAAAAAUAUGAAGGACCACAUUUUGGUCCAUUUAAACCAGACAGCUGUGCUUUAUAAACAAAUGUAGUAAGGUAGAGUUUGUUUCAUCUUGCAUUUUUUCUGUAUGGGAAACCCGACUUGGUAAUUUAAUUUUUAAGUUGAGGGAAAUACAUACAAUGGUGUUAUGGUUCCAGAAGACACUCUGUCUCAAGCACUUCCUAAAUUCAUUCGGUGUUAUGAAAAAUGGAAGUGUUCAGAUGUAUUGUAAGAUUCUGUAGAAAAAGCACUUUGAAAUUAGUCCCUCUACAAAUUAACAAUUAAAAGUGGCUAUAUUUAAAACAGGUUUAAGCAUUCAGAAUGGAGUACACAAAUAAUACAGAAGUAUGCGUAAAGCCUUAAAAUAAAACCCAAACAAAAUUCAAACCCAUAUGCUAAAACUAAAGAGGAUUUGCUGUCUCAAAAUAAGGAUGUGAAGUAGGUAAGACAAUGUACUUGAAUGCAAUUUGUGUAGUAUCUUUGUUCUUAAGUUUUAAAAGAUUGUGUAAGGUUUUUUUAAAAACAACCAAAAACCAAAGCCUCAGCAGCCCACAUUCCGAGACUAAUGAGGUCUUUCAAAAAUGGUAUCAGAUUUUAAAUGUUUCAUUUUUCUAAUGUAACUUUGUCUGGGACCUUUUCUAUAAAGAGCCACAUAUUGUUGGAGAUGGGAACACAGUAAGUAGUAAACACUGUCACCAGCGCAAACCCCCCCUAGUUUUACACAGUUGAUUUGCAAAUCAAAAUACAAGAUUCAGGAAUGAUUUCAAUGUAAGAAUUUUGGCUUUUCAGCAGAAGCCACUACUGUCGAGCAUUUACUGUACUUGAGCUCUGAAGAGGCAAGUACAGAGCCCAGCCACUGUAGUCACUUUAUUUUGUACCAUCUUUGUACAUUCCUGUUGUACAGCUGGAGUUGUAGUUUUAGAGGGCCUUUGUUCUGUUGUAAUGUCUGAAUAGUAUUUAAUACUAAAAUUUAUUAUAAUUUGCUGGAACUGCUGCUUAUUUGUGCAGUGUUACAGUAAUUCACAGCCCAGUUAACGAUGCAAUUGUAUACCAAAAGCAGUUUGAGUAACUAUAAAUGUUUAUGUACCUGUACUCAAUGAAUAUGAAGGUCUUGUACUGUAUAAUGGUGACGAGUUUUGCCAUUUUAGUAAUUUAACUAUAUUCAGUUUUCAGAUUAUGAACUCCAGAUUGCACUAAAUUUGUCCUUGUUUUAGCAGUGGCUUAAAAUAAAACACAUUUCACUGGCUUCA